AUGGCUGACCCUUCCAUGUAUCACGCAAUGGGGGGUGCUCCUCAGGACCCCUCCAACCCGCACUCCCAACAUCCCCCUCAACAGGCCUACCCUCCCGGUGCUGCUCCUCAACAGCCAGGAGCUCCCUACGGAAACUCGCCACCGAACCAGUGGCCCGCGUACGGUUCUCCUCAGCAACAACACCCGGCACCCGUCCCGGGUGCCCCAUACAAUGCCGCACCAGCUUCCAUGGGGGCAGGAGACCCGAAUAUGACAGGCUUAGCUUCUCAGAUGAGUGGUCUGGGAAUCGCCGCAGACGCCGGAGCUAGGACACAUCGCAAGAAGCACCGCCAUGCCUAUCACGAUAUUGGGACUGGGAGCGCUGCCAGUGCUCAAGGGUUCAACGGUGGAAUGGCCAUGGGAGGCGCGCAGCCGGCAUCUCAAUUCCUCAGCACUGGUUUGAAUCAUGAUGCACGGCCAGUGUCGCCAUUAGCUGCACUUCAGCCGGGGCAGCCCGCGCCCGGCAUGCCCCAACAACCUGGAAUGACUUCGCAGCCUGGCAUGGCCGGUGGUGCAGACUCCGUCGCUACACAAGGCCGAAUCGACCCCGAAUACAUCCCCAGCAUCCCCCGAUCGCGCGACGUGCCCGCUCAGUACUACUUCAACCAUGUCUACCCAACCAUGGACCGGCAUUUGCCUCCGCCGUCUUCAAUUCCCUUUGUGGCCCACGACCAGGGCAACUCCUCGCCCAAGUAUGCUCGUCUGACCCUCAAUAACAUCCCCUCGACGUCCGACUUCCUCUCCUCGACCGGACUGCCUCUGGGCAUGAUCUUGCAACCGCUCGCACCUCUGGACGCCGGCGAACAACCCAUACCAGUGCUGGAUUUCGGGGAUGUUGGCCCCCGCGCAUGCCGACGAUGCCGAACCUAUAUCAAUCCCUUCAUGUCCUUCCGCGCCGGCGGGAGCAAGUUUGUCUGCAACAUGUGCACGUUCCCCAAUGAUACGUCCCCGGAAUACUUCGCGCCUCUCGACCCGACCGGGGCGCGCGUGGACCGCAUGCAACGGCCGGAGUUGAUGAUGGGCACGGUCGAAUUCUUAGUGCCGAAGGAAUACUGGAAUAAAGAACCCGUUGGGCUGCAGACCCUGUUCUUGAUCGAUGUGAGCCGCGAGUCGAUUCACCGAGGCUUCUUGAAGGGUGUCUGCGAGGGUAUCGCGGAGGCUCUGUACGGCGAGGAUAGGGCAGCAGAUGGCACCGAGGGAGAUGAGGCUACAUCACGCAAAAUCCCCGCAGGUGCGAAGGUCGGCAUCGUCACAUUUGACAAGGAAGUGCACUUCUACAACCUUACUGCGUCAUUGGGUCAGGCACAGAUGAUGGUAAUGACGGAUCUGGAGGAGCCGUUCGUGCCACUGAGUGAGGGUCUGUUUGUGGAUCCGUACGAAUCGAAAUCCGUCAUCACAUCACUGCUGCAUCGGAUACCCGCCCUUUUCCAACAUAUUAAAAACCCCGACCCGGCAUUGUUGCCCGCGCUCAACGCUGCUCUGUCAGCGCUGCAGCCGACUGGCGGUAGGGUUGUCUGCUCAGUGGCUAGCUUGCCUACCUGGGGUCCUGGACACCUGUCGAUACGGGAAGACCCCAAGAUCCACGGAACCGAUGCGGAGCGCAAGUUGUUCACGACGGAGAACCCAGCAUGGAAAAAGACAGCCACCAAGCUGGCCGAGGCGGGAGUCGGUGUUGAUUUCUUCAUUGCAGCUCCCGGUGGCACGUAUAUGGACGUGGCGACCAUCGGACACGUUUCCGGCCUCACCGGAGGCGAGACUUUCUUCUAUCCCAACUUCCAUGCACCACGAGAUCUGCUGAAGAUCCAACGGGAGAUGGCACAUGCCGUGCAGCGAGACACGGGUUAUCAGGCAUUAAUGAAAGUGCGAUGCUCAAAUGGUCUCCAGGUAUCUUCGUACCAUGGCAACUUCGUGCAACAUGCUCUUGGUGCAGACCUCGAGAUCGCUGGCGUCGAUGCGGACAAGGCCAUCGGAGUUAUCUUCAGCUACGACGGAAAACUCGACCCCAAGCUCGAUGCGCACUUCCAAGCAGCAUUGCUCUAUACUUCGGCUGAUGGCCAGCGUAGGGUCCGCUGCGUCAACGUCGUGGCGGCGGUCAACGAGGGUGGCAUGGAGACGAUGAAAUACGUUGAUCAGGACGCCGUAGUAUCGGUCAUUGCCAAGGAAGCUGCUUCCAAGACUCUGGACAAGAACCUCAAGGAUAUCCGUGCCCACAUUUCCGAGAAGACAGUCGAUAUCUUCAGCGGAUACCGCAAGAUCUUUUCCGGCUCACAUCCACCUGGGCAGCUAGUCUUGCCGGAGAACUUGAAAGAGUUCUCUAUGUAUAUGCUCAGCUUGAUCAAAUCGAGGGCAUUCAAGGGUGGCAAUGAGUCGUCAGACCGCCGGGCGCACGACAUGCGCAUGAUUCGAGCCUUCGGCUGUACGGAGCUCUCUCUCUACCUCUACCCUCGUAUUAUCCCCAUCCACAACAUGCAACCCGAGGACGGAUUCCCCAAUGAGCACGGGCAGCUCCAAGUCCCACCGGCAUUACGGGCUAGUUUCUCCAGAAUUGAGGAAGGUGGUGUCUAUCUCGUGGACAAUGGCCAGGCCGUUCUACUGUGGGUGCAUGCGCAGGUCUCGCCCAACCUUUUGGAGGACCUGUUCGGCCCCGGCCAGAACUCACUGCAGGAAUUGAGUCCCAACCUCUCUUCCCUGCCGGUGCUGGAAACACACCUCAACGCCCAAGUGCGAAACCUGCUGCAAUACUUCUCAUCGGUGCGUGGAUCCAAGGCGGUCACGAUCCAGCUGGCACGACAGGGACUGGACGGGGCGGAGUAUGAAUUUGCCCGGCUACUGCUGGAGGACCGGAACAACGAAGCCCAAAGCUACGUGGACUGGCUGGUGCACAUUCACCGACAGAUCAACCUGGAGCUUGCCGGUCACCGCAAGAAGGAGGAAUCGACGGGUGAGAGUACAUUGGCCAGUUUGUCGGCUAUGCGGGCGCCGUAUUGGUAA